CUGGGAGCCGGGUGGUAGCUGAGCACCUGGGAGCGACCUCCCUGACGGAAGCGGGCGCUGCGCGCCAGGGCAUCAUCGUCCACCACGUGUGGCACGAUCACCGCACGGGGGUAUCUGGGGCACAAGCUAAACUCAUCGUUCACCUCGCUCAGCCGCCACGCGUUGUCUGCGGCGCAGAGAGGAGAGAGGCCAGGUCUAGGGCACCCAGGGAGUGCCCUGUCCCCGCGCCUCUUCCAGGCCCUGCGCUUCCACCUCCCCGGGCCCCCACGACCGCGCCCACUUCGCGAGCUACUCUCUUGUAGUAGCGUCCGGGCGGAAGUGCCAGGAGUCGCCCAAUCUCAGGCCCUUGGGACGGUAGAAUAAAGGGAAGGAGGUGAUGACUGAUUCCAGGGAGGACAGCGUCCGGAGAAGGAAGUCACGGGCUCUGGGGAGGGUCGGAAUUGUCUCGCCCGCCCCCUUUCCAGCCCCUCAGCCCUGUAGCUUCAGCUUCGGCCUCUCCAAGUACCCCGGACCACCCUGCAUCCCCCUGCCAUUUAGCUGCGGCUGCGGAGCCUCUUUGAACAGAAGCACCUUUUUAUUCCCCUCUACGCGAGACAGGGAGAGCUUAAAGGGCUCGGGCGCGCCCUCGGCACACCUCGAUGGAGUGGGCGAUGCCCAGCGUCGCUUCCGCGCCCUCUAUUUCCAGCUGCAGCACUCGCAGGUCCUUACAGCACAGGGUGAUGGUGCCCGAGUCACUCGCAACCCUGGGGAGGGACGGUCCUUUCCCAGGAGAGGGGCAACGAGUUUCCCGGAUUGGGCGUUACGCAGGAGGGCUCCAGCUCCGACUGUGCUGGCCGUGCCCCCUACUCCGCCAAGCCGCGCGCUCCCCAACUCCGGAGACCCCCCCACCCCGCCACGUCUCACUGCUUCUCGAAGGAGUCGACGCUACGCAACAGCAGCAGCCACAGGUCAGGAGAGGACGCGGGCCCUGGCGACAGCAGCAGGUGGUGGACGGUGACUCACAGCGUGCCGCGAAGCGGGGGCGCCUCCGGGCCCCGUAGAAACUCUGCUUGGGCCCAGCCCAUAUGGAUCAGCUCCGAGAACUCCAUUCUGCCAGUGAGAGACCCGGGACCCAGCAGAAGGCCAGACUCUGAGAGCGUCAGGAGUGGCAGGCUGGAGCUCCGAAAGGGAUAGGAACUGCCUGGGCAGCUGGCGACGCCGUCUGGACAGCUGUUAAGGAGGCCCCUCAGAGGAGACGAUCACAGUUUCACAGGAAUUUCCCCUCAUAUUGCCAAUAUCUCUUAGCGAGGUCCCUGGCCAGAGACUGUUAUAAGCAAAUCUCCAUGUCAUUGUCUGUGAAAUGGGGAGAAUAAUCUUGCCUAAAGUCCUUAACCCUGUGCCUGGGCUGCAGGAGACACUCAAUAUUUUUGUAUUUUUGUUUUUUCAAGCCCUGAGGUGCUAGCACUACUGCUAACUUUAAAAAGAAACAAAGGCCGGGCGCAGUGGCUCAGGCCUGUAAUCCCAACACUUUGGGAGACCCAGGCCGGGCGGAUCACCUGAGGUCAGGAGUUCGAGACCACCCUGGCUAACAUGGCGAAACCCCAUUUCUACUAAAAAUACAAAAAAUUGGCCAGGCGUGGUGGCUCACACCUGUAAUCCCAGCACUUUGGGAGGCUGAGGCAGGCCGAUCACGAGGUCAGGAGAUCGAGACCAUCGUAGCCAACAUAAUGAAACCCCGUCUCUACCAAAAAUACAAAAAUAACUGGGCAUGGUGGCGCGCGCCUGUAAUCCCAGCUACUGGGAGGCUGAGGCAGGAGAAUCGCUUGAACCCAGGAGACCGAGUUUGCAGUGAGACGAGAUAGCGCCAUUGCACUCCAGCCUGGGCAACAAGAGCAAAACUCCGUCAA